AUGUUCGACGCGUUCCAGUCCCACCCGCUUGUGGACGUGACCUUCCCCCCGACGUUGGACCGGCCGUUUGGGCUCCACUUGUGGCCGAUCUUCUCCUACUGCUUCGAGAAGGUCGUGGGCUACCCUGCCGAGGACUUUGAGUGGAUCCACAACAAGACGUUUUUGGCCAACGGCUACCAGGCCGUCGGCGUCAUCGUGGUGUACUACAUCAUCAUCUUCGGCGGGCGUGCCUUGAUCAACGCCCUCAACAUGCCCGCGCUCAAGCUCAACGGGCCCUUCCAGUUGCACAACAUCUUCUUGACGGUGGCGCUGUUGGUGUUGUUGUUGCUCUGUGUCGAGCAGUUGGUGCCGAUGGUGGCGCGCCGCGGCAUCUUCUACGCCAUCUGCGACAAGGGCGCCUUCACCCAGAAGUUGGUGACGUUGUACUACCUUAACUACCUCACCAAGUACAUCGAGCUCAUCGACACCGUGUUCCUCAUCUUGAAGAAGAAGAAGUUGUUGUUUUUGCACGUGUACCACCACGGGGCCACCGCGCUUCUCUGCUACACCCAGUUGUCGGGUAAGACGUCGGUGGAAUGGGUGCCCAUCACCCUCAACUUGUGGGUGCACGUCGUCAUGUACUGGUACUACUUCCUCUCCGCCCGCGGCAUCAAGGUGUGGUGGAAGGAAUGGGUGACCCGCUUCCAGAUCAUCCAGUUCUUGAUCGACUUGGUGUUUGUCUACUUUGCCACCUACACCCACUACGCCUACUUCUACUUCCCCUGGUUGCCCAACCACGGCGACUGCUACGGUACCCCCGCCGCCGCCGCCUACGGGUACUUGAUCUUGACCUCGUACCUCAUCUUGUUCAUCUCGUUCUACAUCAAGGUGUACCGCUCCAAGGGCACCAAGGGCAAGAAGGCCGUCGCCAACGCCGCUGCCAACGACGCGUCGUCGGCGACCGCCACCGGCGCCGCCGCCGGCCACAGCCACGUUAAACUGAGAAAGGCUUAG